AUGUUCUACCGCCUGGUCGGCACCGAACACCGAGACUUAACCGCCAGUGAAUUUAUUGACUUUCUUCACACAACACUGGGAAUCUCGAAACCUGAAUCGCUUGUCGGGCUCCACCGGGCAGCCACGCAUAUAGCUCACAGACCCCGACGUUUGGGUUGGAAUCGAACUGUAAGCGAUUUCGAGUUUAUCCUCUUCCUCUCCUAUCUACUGCGCGGUUCGUUGGCUGAACGCGCCGAACUGGUUUUCUAUGCACUAGACCAGGAUGGAGAUGGAGUUCUGCGGAGGAGUGUUGAGUUAACAAACUUCCUCAAGGGCAGCUUUGAUCUUUCCAUAACGGUUGCAAACCCAGAGCUGGAGGGCAACAUACCCAUUCGCGACACUAUUGACUACAUCAGCAAAAUAAUUCUGGACGGGAGACCGGAGGGGAUCCAACUCCCUGAAUUCAUUAACUUAGUGGAGGAACAACCUUGGGUCCUUGAGUCUUUGCUGCCCUGCCUACCAGAAGAACUGCAAAAUAUAUCCUUCCAGACACUCCAAGGGCCCAACUUUCAGCUACCACUCAUAGACACCCCGUCCCCGAAGUCCCUUUCAGGUAAAGGAGUCAACGGAAAGUUCGUUUCGUGGCACAGAUAA